AUGGAGGAAAAACUGGUUAUUGAAGGAUCAGAAGUAAAAUCAUUGUUAUUUAAAAAUGAUACACCAAGUGAUUUAAAACCAAUAGUAAAAAAUGAUAUUGAUAUAUUAAAACCAAAGACUGCUUUUAUAUUGAAAAUGUAUUAUCACCAACAGAAUGCCAGUAAAUAUAUUAUAGACAAAGGAGAAGAGUUGGGUUUUGAUGAACUUAAACAUUAUAAAUCAAAAGAUAGAGGUAAUGUUAGAACUUUAGUAAAGACUCCGUCGCUGAGUGAAGUAGUUUUAGAUCGUAUUAGACCAUACUUUGAAGAGAUAAUAGAUAUUAAAAUGGGUUCUCAGUUGGCUGGGCCUGCAAUGAGAGCUCUGAAAAUAGUUGGUAAAUGGCAAUUGGAUUCAAUCAAUGAUCUCUGGAGAUUAUGUUCAGUAUUAGUGUUCCAACAUGACAUGUGGCAUGAUGGUGAUACAGUUAAAGAUGGAUUGAAAUAUAUCAUAAGAAGUGAUGUUAUGUAUAAAAGAUUAGUUAAUUAA